AUGACUCCUCAUCUUGCGGCCACCUCACCAACUGCAGCAAAAGUCACCUUCCUUGUUCUCGGAGCGGGCUGGGUGUGGCAAUUUCUGGAGCCGCUUGUCAAGAAGAAUGCCAACAUCACUUAUGCCGCCACCACAACAAGCGGGCGGAAAGGCACCAUCCCUUUCAAGUUCGAUCUAGAAUCGGACGGCCUGGAGGCGGCCUUCAAGAGGCUUCCGUUGGCGGACUACGUCCUUGUCACUUUUCCAUUAAAGGGGAGAGGACCGUCGCGAAAGUUGGUGAGCAUGUACGCAGAGACGCAUGGCCGACACGGUCCCGCGGACUUUGACUCGGCUACUGAGGAUGGCCAAGGAGAUGGACGAAGUGGUGAAGCAGAAAGCUCCACCAUUACGGCGACAAAAUGGAUACAACUUGGCAGUACUGGGAUUUGGACAUCUCCGGAUUUUGUGGAUAGCCACUCGCCCAUCGAUCCGUCAAACGAGAGGGGGAUUGCAGAAGACGAGCUCAUCUCCUUGGGCGGUUGUGUGUUGAACCUCGCGGGUCUCUAUGGAGCACAAAGGCAGCCGGGCAACUGGAUUGCGCGCGUAGCGAAGACGAAGGAACAGCUCGGCGAGAAAGGGGCGUUGCAUUUGAUCCAUGGGGUGGACGUUGCAGGAGCUGUGAUCGGGGUUCUCAAAGUAGAUUGCGUGAAGCCUGGGCGGUUGUUUGGCAGAAGAUGGAUUGUCGCCGACUGUGUGAGCUACGAUUGGUGGAGUAUCGUAUGGGAUUUCAACGGUGACUCAAGUGAAGAAACCCAACAUAAGGACGAGGAGGACGCACAGGAGCAGACGAAACUAGAACGAUGGAAGUAUCGACGUUGGGUGAUGGAGCUGAUGCAGGACAAGGGCGUGAAGGCGCUACCGAGGCCGAUGGAGGCACUGGGCAGGAAGCUGGAUGCUCGCGAGUUUUGGAAUGCCGUUGGAAUUCUCCCGGAGAGGACGUUGAGGAGAUGA